AUGAAAGAGCAACUGAAAACUAACAAUGACGGGUACUUGGCCAAUCCGUUGAACAAAGAAAAUCAGGCUUUUGGUAAAUGGACCCACAAUUUUUCGGAAGUACCAGACUUUAGAUUUCCUGAUCUUUUUAAUUAUCUAGUGGGAAAGGAUCCCGGGUAUAACGCCGAAAGCCUAAAAAGUUACAAAUCUCUUCUGGGAUACAAGUUGUACUUCGAUGGACACGUAGAAGACCUUUGUUACCAUCCGCCACAAUCUAGUGCCAGCAGUUACAGUUAUUUUCUGUUUGCUGUAAAGCCAACUGAAAGGUCCAAGGCUGACGAUGGGUCAGCAACAUAUAAGGGUUUUUUUAUUUUAAAGAAGGAUGGAAGUGUGCAUUCAGCCUACUGCCCAUGCAAAGGAGGGUACAUGUAUGUAUUUUCAUUUACUCUUACUAUAAGGUAAGUAGCCUUAAGAUGUACAAUGAGCUAGAGUCAUUUGAAAUAUAUACGAGCUAAAAGUCUAAAAUGAGAGAUGUAUGUUUACCUGUUAUGAUCAGCUGAUGAAUUGUUGGACUAUUUUUAAUGUUAAUGUAAACAACAUACAGAUAUGCUAUAUAUGAAAGACAUUAAUUUAAAAAAAACCCAGCUAACUAAAUGAAUAAAUAAAAAAUGAAACUUGUGUGAUAAUAUAUCACUACUAACUUUCAAAGAAAAAAAAAAUUAAGCUAUUGGCUACAUUUCAGUGUACCAAAUGUUUCACUCUGCUAUAAGAUUAAUAUACAGAAAAAACAAGCAGAUGACUGAAAAUCACUUGCUUUUUUGAUCAUUUUAUUUGUGUGAGGACAAUGUUUAAUAAAUAUCAGUCAUCUUGGUCUCUAUUUGAUAGGGCAGAUGGAGGUUGUCGCCACAUAGCUGCAGCACUGUUUGAUCUGGAAGCAAGCAUACGAUUCAAUGAUCUCCAGUCAUGUACAUCAAGAUAA